UGUGAUGUUUUCAAACUUAGUCAAAAUAAACUUGACAGAAGUCAUUCUUUGCUUGUGUCAAACCCGAAAGUGGUAGUGAUAAGUGCUUUAAACUGAGUAUAGUCUCGAUUUCUUUCAACAAUUACACAUUACGUAUUCAUAAUCUAUUUCAAGUAAUAACAAAAUGGAUAUUCCUGGAUUUUUAUAUGCCGGAUUAGUUUCUGCUGGCGGUGUUUUUGGAUAUUAUAAAGCAGGUUCUGUUCCUUCUUUAGCAGCUGGUCUGAUUUUUGGAGGAGCUCUAGCUUAUGGAGCUUUUGAAACAAGCAGAGAUCCUUCAAACUAUACAUUUCAGUUGGCAACUACUUCAAUUCUGGCUGGAGUAAUGGGUUAUAGGUAUUAUAAUUCGGGUAAAAUUAUGCCGGCAGGUGCUGUCUGUUUAUUGUCUGUGGCUAUGAUUCUUAGAAUAGCUGGUAGAGCCAGUGGACUCACAGGACCUCGUCGGAACUAAAUGCACAUAUUGUUUUAAAUAUUCAUUAAUCUUAUACAUUAAUAAAAUAUAUUGCUAUUGUUGGUAGUGCUAGGUAAAGAUAAAUUUGAAUUAUUACAUGUAAGCAUCAAGCAAGACUUUUUUGAAUUUUCAUGUUAAGAUUCACACCAUAAAUCAGUAAACAAAAUAUAAAUAAAAUAUUUAUUAUUUAGGUUACGAAUUCUAUUUUCAUUUAAAUUAACACAUUUUGUCAAAACUAUUCAGAUUAAAGCAGUAUAUAUUAUCAAACUUAUUUACAAUUAAUGGCGAAAUUUGUACUAAAUGUUGUAUUGUAACUUUGAUUUUGGUAAUAUAGUAUUUUCCAGUUUGAA